AUGGAUCCUAUCUACGCUCCGUUGGUACUUGAAAACUCUGCCGAGGGCUUCCGGUCAACGCGAGUCCAGCAACGAGGGCUGCUAGCAGAGCCGUAUUUGAAAGACGAAGGGUUUAUGAUUAGCGCCGUCGAGGACGCUCAAGCACGAGAACGGGAAGCUUUAGAGCAAAAGCGUCUCGAGCGCAUCGCUCGACGUGAAAGUACAGCUGCAGCGUUGCAGCGUGAGCGUCGCAAACAGAAGAAUGAACACGAAAGUAUGGAGAUCGAAGAAAGUAGUCAAGCGACUCGAGAACGGAGUUCUACGGCUCGAUCGACCGUGGCUUACAUGACGCUGCACUUGGCACCACACGCUGGCUCCAGAUUCUCCACUUCGGCUUGGGCCUUCAGCUCGGCUACGUCCUCCUGCUUCAUCAUCUUGGAGGAUGCCGGCGCAUUAGAUGUGGGAAGGUUGAUGCGUCGGCCACAACCGUCUUCGGCUCAUUAG